GCGCUCCGAGCACUUGGGCGCGAGCAGGAACGGGGAACGGAGCUCCGGUCCCAGCGCAGCCACCGCGAUGAGAGGCGCUCGCGGCGCCUGGGAUUUUCUCUGCGUCCUGCUCCUGCUGCUCGGCGUCCAGACAGGCCCUUCUCAAGCAUCUGUGCGUCCGGGGAAACCGUCUUUCCCAUCCAUCCAUCCAGCAAAAUCAGAGUUAAUAGUCAGUGUCGGCGACGAGCUUAGGCUGACCUGCACCGAUCCAGGAUUUGUCAAGUGGACUUUUGAGACCCUGCGCCAGCUGAGUGAGAACACACACAACGAAUGGAUCACAGAGAAGGCAGAGGCGGGCCACACGGGCAAUUACACGUGCACCAACAGAGAUGGCUUGAGCAGGUCCAUUUAUGUGUUUGUCAGAGAUCCUGCAAAGCUUUUCCUCGUAGACCUUCCGUUGUAUGGGAAAGAAGGCAACGAUACGCUGGUCCGCUGUCCUCUGACGGACCCAGAAGUGACCAAUUACUCCCUCAGGGGGUGCGAGGGGAAGCCUUUUCCCAAGGACUUGACGUUUGUUGCUGAUCCCAAGGCUGGCAUCACGAUCAGAAACGUGAAGCGCGAGUACCAUCGGCUCUGCCUGCACUGCUCUGCGGACCAGAAGGGGAGGACGGUGCUGUCCAAGAAAUUCACCCUGAAAGUGAGGGCAGCCUUCAGAGCUGUACCCGUCGUGUCAGUGUCCAAAACAAGCUCUCUCCUGAAGGAAGGGGAAGCCUUCUCCGUGACGUGCUUUAUAAAAGAUGUGUCUAGUUUCGUGGACUCGAUGUGGCUAAAGGAAAACAGCCAGCAGACUAAUGCACAGACACAGAGUAAUAGCUGGCAUCGCGGUGACUUCAAUUUUGAACGUCAGGAAAAGUUGAUUAUCAGCUCAGCAAGAGUUAAUGAUUCUGGAGUGUUCAUGUGUUACGCCAAUAAUACUUUUGGAUCAGCAAAUGUCACAACAACCUUGGAAGUAGUAGAUAAAGGAUUCAUUAAUAUCUUCCCCGUGACGAGUACUACAAUAUUUGUAAAUGAUGGAGAGAAUGUGGAUCUGAUUGUUGAAUAUGAGGCAUAUCCCAAACCGGAGCACCAGCAGUGGAUCUGUAUGAACAGAACCUUCACUGAUAAAUGGGAAGAUUACCCCAAGUCUGACAACGAAAGUAAUAUCAGAUAUGUGAGUGAACUUCAUCUAACCAGAUUAAAAGGGAACGAAGGAGGCACUUACACAUUUCAAGUGUCCAAUUCCGAUGUCAAUUCUUCGGUGGCCUUUAAUGUUUAUGUGAACACAAAGCCAGAAAUCCUGACCCUCGAAAGUCUCACGAAUGGCAUGCUCCAGUGUGUGGUUGCAGGAUUCCCAGAGCCCGCGGUAGAUUGGUAUUUCUGUCCAGGAGCUGAGCAGAGAUGUUCUGUCCCUAUUGGGCCAAUGGAUGUGCAGAUGCAAAACUCGUCUCUGUCACCGUCUGGAAAACUAGUGGUUCAGAGCUCCAUCGAUUAUAGUGCCUUCAAGCACAAUGGCACAGUCGAGUGUAGGGCUUACAACAAUGUAGGCAGGAGUUCUGCCUUUUUUAACUUUGCAUUUAAAGGUAAUGGCGAAGAACAGAUCCAUUCCCACACCCUGUUCACACCUUUGCUGAUUGGCUUUGUGACCGCAGCUGGAAUCAUGUGCAUUAUCGUGAUGAUUCUUACCUACAAAUAUCUACAGAAACCCAUGUAUGAACUACAGUGGAGGGUUGUUGGGGAGAUCAAUGGAAACAAUUAUGUUUACGUAGACCCAACACAGCUUCCUUACGAUCACAGAUGGGAGUUUCCCAGACACAGGCUGAGGUUUGGGAAAACUUUGGGUGCUGGUGCCUUCGGGAAAGUGGUUGAAGCCAUUGCAUAUGGCCUGGCUGGGUCAGAUGCGGCCAUGACCGUUGCCGUUAAGAUGCUCAAACCAAAUGCCAAUUUAACCGAACAAGAAGCCCUAAUGUCUGAGCUCAAAGUCUUGAGUUACCUCGGUAAUCAUAUGAAUAUUGUGAAUCUUCUUGGAGCAUGCACCGUUGGAGGGCCCACCUUGGUCAUUACGGAAUAUUGUUGCUAUGGUGAUCUUUCGAAUUUUUUGCGAAGGAAACGUGAUUCAUUUAUUGGCUCCAAUCAGGAAGAUCACGGAGAAGUGGCACUUUAUAAGAACCUUCUGCAUUCGAAGGAGCCUUCCUGCAGCAACAGUAUUAAUGGAUACAUGGACAUGAAACCCAGCGUUUCUUACGUCGUGCCAACCGAGGCAGGCAGAAGGAGAUCUGCGAGAAUAGGCUCACGCCAAGAAAGAGAUGUGACUCCCGCCGUCAUGGAAGAUGAUGAGUUGGCUCUAGAUCUAAACGACUUACUGAGCUUUUCUUACCAGGUGGCCAAGGGCAUGGCAUUCCUGGCCUCGAAGAAUUGUAUUCACAGAGACUUGGCUGCUAGAAAUAUCCUCCUUACUCACGGUCGAAUCACAAAGAUUUGUGAUUUUGGUCUAGCCAGAGACAUCAAGAAUGAUUCUAAUUAUGUGGUCAGAGGAAACGCUCGGCUACCUGUGAAGUGGAUGGCCCCUGAGAGCAUUUUCAACUGUGUGUACACAUUUGAAAGUGAUGUCUGGUCCUAUGGGAUUUUUCUGUGGGAGCUCUUCUCUUUAGGAAGCAGCCCCUACCCUGGGAUGCCAAUCAAUUCAAAGUUCUACAAGAUGAUCAAGGAAGGGUUCCGGAUGCUCAGCCCUGAGCAUGCACCUGCUGAAAUGUACGACAUCAUGAAGAUGUGCUGGGAUGCUGAACCCCUGAAAAGGCCGACGUUCAAUCAGAUCGUGCAGGUAAUUGAGAAGCAGAUUUCAGAUAGCAGCGAUCAUAUUUAUUCCAACUUCGCGAACCGCAGCCCCAACCCAGAGCACCCCGUGGCGGACCAUUCCGUGCAGGUCAAUUCCGUGGGCAGCGGCGCGUCUUCCACCCAGCCUCUGCCGGUGCACGAAGAUGCGUGAAGCAGGGGAGUGCCGGGGGUCUCCCCAACAAGAGCGAUCCCUGUUCUUUUGGUUCCUAUACUGGUUAUUCUGUUCUCCUUCAGCUUGCAUCCUAUUCCAGGGUAGCGGACACCCCUCUGUCCCUCCCUCUUUAUGAGCACACUCUAAUUAGUGGCCAGUGACUUUUGUCAUCAGCCACCAUCCUGUUGUAAGAGUUCAGACUGCACAUUGUAUUCCCAAUAGCAAGGCAGCCCCCAUUAAUGAAAAAAAUAAAUAAUACAGACUUGGAGCAAGGGACGAUGGGAUGGGCUAGACACCCCGAGUCCUUUCCAAGGCUUCUCCAGUUUCUGUUUGAAAAGCACAGUUGAUAGUUUAUUCGAAUAAAUGGCAGUGGUCGGCUUUGGGCCUCCUAACCAUCCAUAAUGAUAUGAUGAUGCAGCAAGAUUAGAAGCUGAAACCUGAUCUCUUGAUGUGGAAAAUGGGAUGUUAUUAGAACAAAGGGCAGAAGCUUAUGAAUGUCUGGGCUUAAGAAAUCUAGUAUUUCAUGCUGGGAAUGAGACAUAGGCCAUGGAAAAAUGCUCCCUGAGCACGAACAAAGACUCGCUGCUGUGCAUGA